AGAGAGAGAGAGAGAGAAUGAUGGGGUAGGAGGGUGAAAUUCCGAAACAAGGCAGGAAGAAUGACAGAAUUUGUAGUCUUGUAUCUGUGGAUUGUUUUCAAUGUGCUCAAAUGCAUCUAAGUGAAGAAUGUAAAUUUCAUCUGCUGGAUCCAUGAGCCAGAUGAACCUUUACACAUCUGCCCACAUUCUCCACCAAAUCCAGGUGAAGAGUGUGUGUGUUCUUGUGCUCCUGUAUAUUCCUCUGUCUAUGAUGCACAUCCCUGGACCAUGCAGGCACUCCAUAACCAAUGAUCACCUGCUCCAGAUAAAUCAUCUUAUCAAUAACCAUUUGAGGAAUGGAUGUUCAAUAUCCUACGUGUUCAUCGAGAAAAGACAUCUGAGCUCAGUGUGUUAUGUGAAGGCAGCUCUGCCGCGUGUGCUGGACUUGCUGAGCGUCCACUUCAGAUACUCCCGAGGCUCCGAGAGCGCUCUGUCAGUCCGCUCUCUACAAAACCUCAUCCAUAACAUCUACUCACAGCGCUGUGUGCCACCUCUUAAUGAACAACUCGAGGAGGACCCAGUGGUGUUUCUGAAGCAGUUCACAGAUUCCCCUAUUCAAGCCUUACAGCGAGCCAAGGAGGUUCUGGAUAUCUACCUACAGCUCAUCACACAAACACACACAAACACAUCUGUGGACUGGAGCUGCGCAAUGGAAUACAGCAACUACACAACUGUUGUCAUUACAGAGCUGCCCAGAACACAUAGAACAGAGGCCACACAAGCGAUGCUGGGACAGAUUGAGCAGGACUCCUCUGAUUUGAGUUUCUAUAAACUGGGCUUCAUCGUGUUAGCAGUGAGUGGGGGAAUCUUCCUGCUUAUCACUGUCUCUUGCCUCAUACACAGAAAGAGAUUUCAUCAGCUUAGAAGACAAGACAUGGAAUUAGACACAUGGUCUGAUGUCAGUCACAUAGGGUUCUGCUCAACAGCUUUUAAUCGAAUGGAUCUGAUAAUCUGAAGAUUUUGUCAACUCCAAACUACACCAUGUUUUCACAAAAGACAAAAAAAAACCCUGAAAGUGUAUUUCUUUACAUAAUCAAAACCACACUUUAAUGGUCAUUGUAUACAUGUAAAUGUUCACAGUUCAUGUUCACAGUACCUUUCACAUGUAUAAACGACAGUACAUUCAAACCAUCUUUCUAAUGUUGUAGAAAUCUUUAUAAUACUUCAUCGUUAAUCGAUGAAUGCUGUUCUAUUAUAAACCUGUUUUCAAAUAAUUAUAUAUUUAUUACUGCUAGACCAUAUUUUUGCAAGAACCUUGCCACAUUUUGCAUAGUGACUUUUUUUUUGUGGUUCUGUAUCUGAAGACUUGUAAAAAAAUAUAUAAAUAAAUAAACCUGCUUUCACUGA